GACAAACUGGAGGGAUUUCUGAGUCUGCAGUGGGUGCAGCUAACAUGCUAGCAGAGAAAACAUAACUUAUCUACGGAUUGUCGGAUUCUCUUCACAAACAAGUCAUCUGUAAGACUCUCAAGAUGGAUUUAGAAGAUGACACCUCUGUGUUAACAACCUUGAAGUCCUUCAAUUCCUUCAUCAGCCACACUGAAGCUCCACAGCGGCUGUCAGAGGGCUCAGCGGGGAGUGGGAACCUGCAGAGUCAGUACAAACGCAGCAUGGAGUUGAUGGAAGCAGGAGAGAGGGUUCACUCCAAUAAUCGCUAUCUUCAGUUGGACGGGGAGAAGAAGCAGAUGGAGCUGAGUCACAAGCGAGCUCGAUAUGAACUUGAGAAGGUCGCUUCUGACAGCGCACGAGACUUGGAGCAUGAGGUGGAUCGAAACCAGGAUCUUCUGGGGCGAUUAAAAAAGUUUCAGGAGAGAGAGACGGAGGCAGCUAAGAACCUGUCGGAGCAGGUGGAGGCCAACAGAGCUCUCCGUAAAAACAUGGAGGGCCUGAACAGGAAACUGGAGGAACGAGACACUCGGACUGAAUACUGCAAAUCAGACCCAUCAGUUUCUUUGAAGGAUGAGAUCAGAGAGCUGACGCAAAGGAUUCAAAACCAAGACUCGACAACUUCUUCUCAAACCCUGGAAAACCAGGAGCUGCAGGAACAGUUAGAUUUACAACGCAGGAAGCAUCAGGAAGUCUCUCAGCUUUGCCAAAGUCUCCAAGCUGCGCAGUCCUCCUGCUCAGAGCACAUUGUCAAGAUUAAGGAGUUGGAGCGGCGCCUGGCGCUGCAGGAGCAGGACAUCGCCAUCGUGAAGACUGUGAAGUCAGACUAGGUGGCCAAAGUUCCAGUGGAAAAGGAUUUGAAGCGCCUCAGAGAGGAUAAUGCCUUCCUCCGAGUCAAAUUGGAGAGCAGGGAGAACUGCAGCCUGCUGAAGGAGGAGGUGGAGGGGCUGAGGAGGAAGCUGGAGAGGAUGGAGAAGCAGAAGGAAGAGCUGGUCAAUAUCGAACUGGAGAAGGAGAGGUUAGCGGAGAAGCUCAAAGCCUGGGAAAACCUCGGACAAUCUACUGGACUCAACAUAAGGAAACCAGAGGAUCUGUCCAGGGAGGUGAUUCACAUCCAGCAGAGAGAAAUUGCUCUGAAAGAGCAGAACUACACUCUCAGCAGCCGUGUGAGGAGUGCAGAGCGCUCGCAGAAUGAGCAUCGAGCCGAGCUGUGCCAGCAGCGCAGCAAGACUCUGGAGGAGCAGAAGAAGAGGGAGACGCAGGACAGCCUCGUCCGGAGACUCCAGAAGAGAGUCCUGUUGUUAACCAAGGAGCGUGAUGGCAUGCGGGCCAUACUGGAGUCGUACGACAGCGAGCUGGCUCCCACUGAGUAUUCUCCUCAGCUGAGCAAACGUCUCCGUGAGUCCGAGGACAUCCUGCAGAAGACUCAGAGCCACAAUGUAGAGAUGGAGGCCCAGCUGACAAAAGCACAGGAAGAGACAGGGACCCUGAAACUGCAGCUGCAAACAGUGGAGCUGGAGCUGGAGUCCCUGAAGAAGCACCAGGCCUCUGCUGCCGACAGCAACACCUCAGGGACCAAAGAAGAGCUCAACAUACUCAGACAGAAAAUUGAAGAUUUAGAGUCGGAGCGGCAGCGUCUGGAGGAGCAGAACAACAUUCUGGAGAUGAGGCUGGAGAGACACAACCUACAGGGUGACUUCGACCCCAUCAAAACCCGAGUUCUCCACUUCAAGAUGAACCCUGUCACCGUUGCCAAGCAACAGCGCCAGCAAGAUAUUGAUGCUCUCCGGGAGGAAGUGACACGUCUCAGUGAACUCGUGCGCUCGCUGCAGGAAGGAGGCGCCAUGGUCCAAGGCGACUCCAGCAUCAACGCCAGCCUCAGCCUCAGUCUGCCGCCAUCCAAGGAGGUCGUGGAUUUGCGUAAGCAGAUGGAGAGCUUGGAGCUCAGAAACCAGAGGCUGAAGGAAGUGUUUCAGAGGAAGAUUCAGGAGUUCCGCACAGUGUGCUACGUCCUGACCGGAUAUCAGAUCGAUAUCACCACCGAGAACCAGUACAGACUCACCUCAGUCUACGCAGAGCACAUGGACGACUCCCUGCUCUUCAAAAAGGGAUCCAAUGGGAGCAUGCAGCUCAUGGAGACGGUGUUCUCCAAAACUCUGGGAGAGAUGAUGGCUCUUCACCUUCAUCACCAGAAGAGCAUCCCGGCGUUCCUCUCUGCCGUGACCCUUGACCUCUUCAGUCGACAGACCACCAUCUGAAGUAACUCCACUCAGACACGGGGCUGCGAACAUACAUAUAACACGGGAUGACUUUGUUUUUCUCCAUCUCGUAUGAUAUUCACGGGUGUUUUCUCCACCGCUCUGACAUCGUGCAGUCGGCUGUGAUGUGGAGGUUUUGUUUGAUGACUUCCAUCUUGUUUUCAGAAACGCUAAGAAAACACCUUCCCUAUUUGUACGCUGAAUAUUUCAUCAAUGAACCUUUUGAGUUACAUUUUCUUUUUAACAGGACAUGAAUAUGAUGACACAGACGCUACUGAUGUUUGGAUGUAAAGCUUUUUUUUGUUUUUGCUUUGGGACUUUGAUGUAAACUUCACACCAAGUUAAAUAACCACAGUGUGGAGAAACGUGUGUGUGUGUGUGUGGGUUUCUGGAUUGUGCAUGGUCUUAAACAAACUCAGACUUAAAUUUGUUAUGCUGUAUUUUGUGUCUUCUAUCUUUUGGCCUCCUUAAGGUUGUACAAAGAUUGUUUAAGGUUUUUUCUACUACAAGAGACAAUAAGGGUGGAGGUGAAAUGAAACUAAUGAGACAAGAGUUAACCUUUUCUCCUAUUCAACUGUUGGCCUACAAUUUGACUGUGAUAAGUAGUCCAUUUAAAAUGUCUAAUUGUUUGAAAUGUAAAAAUGUGUUGAAGCUCCCUGAAAAUGCAUGUAUUUGUGCAUACUGUUGUAACCUAUAUAACGCAGAAACAAGUCUUUGGAUAUGAAUUAGAUUUGAAUGAAUUAUGAAUUCCUCCUGUGUUUGAAUUGAGUUAGCGACAGUGUGUGUCGGUGUGAGUAAUAACACCAGAUAAGAUGAGGGGAAAUUUCUCUCGUCUGCAAUAAGACGACAUGGCAGAAAUAAACAUUGGGGUGAAGAGGAAGCUGGGGAGCAAUCCAAUAAAAGUGAGAAACAAAAGGAAGCGAGGCGAGAAUAAAGCCACUUAUCACAGCAACAAUAUAAGGACUCCAGCUGGUGCAGCCAUAUGUCUCAAGAGAAAACAUAUCCUCCUGUACACGCCACAUACUGUCCUUGUUUUUCUUUACUCGUUCGUUUUCACAACACGGCACAUCUUUUGCACACCCUGCAGCUCUCACCUCGAGGUGAUGUAUCAAGAGUGUUUCAUAUAAGCAGCGCAUUACAUACAGUAUGUUCUCAUUCUGCUGGUGUGUGAUACCCUGUAGCUUUUAGUGCUAUUCUCCUCCUCGUACGAUACAGAGAGUGUAUCCUUACUGUUUUACCUUUGAAAUUGUAUCAAUAAAGCAAAUUCGACUUAAAGGUC